GUGACCCUCAGCGGACCCCGCCCCCCAAGCUACGAGGAGAGUCCGUCUCCUGCCACCCCGCUCCAAAUCACCCCCUUUUAUUUCUUUUCAUUUAUCAUUUUUUAAUUUAAACAAGCAAACGUUCCGGCCAACCAGCGCAGAAUCCAAAAACUCCCCUGCGCGGCGCUGUUGUUCUUAAGUAGCCGCGUCGAGUGGAGUCUCAGAUUGCGGCGCGUUGGUUUGGUUUGCCUAUUCGAAGUUUCCCAAGCUGCUGGCCGGGGCGAUUUGGUGUCAUUCUGCCCAAGAAAAGGCCGAAGCGGCUGUUUCGUUUCCUGCUCGAACCUGUCUGUCGACUUUGGACCCCUUCUGCCCUCUUCUCAGGCAUGAGCGUCCAGGUCCAGCUGCCUUCUUAGGAUCCGAGGCAACGCUGUCGGGCCCCUGCAGAUGUGUUGAGGGGAGCACUCCAAUGGGGGCCUCCUGCUGCUGUCGCCCAAAGAGUCCCUGUGGCAGUUUCGAGGAGCGAAGCGGUUUGCUGAAAGAUGACGCCGGGGCCGCCGGGCCCGCAGGCCACUUAGCCGCGACGGCAGAUUGCACGUGUGGGCCGCAAGGAGAUGAGGGCAGAAGGAUGAUGACUGACACGGUGACCUUAAAGGUAGAGGACACCGACAACUUGCAGGUGAAACCUCUUCCGGAAUUUGAGGCGUCGGAACCGAUGGUUGCGCAGGAAAAUGGGUCUUUAAUGAGGGAAGCCGCGUCCAGCAAAACCGCCGCUAAUGCCACGCUCGAUGAAGGCGCCAUCGGAGAAGAAAGCCUGGAAACGCUUCUGGACGCUAAAGGAACAUCUGACCUCGGAUCAGAAGCGGAUCCCCAAUGGCAAGAUGGCGACCGGCGUCCAGCCUCAUCCAUGGAGGUUCUAAACCUAGAUGAUGGCCCACAAGAAGCACAACUGCACGCAGACGUUUGCCGGCGCGACGAUGAGGGCGAGGUGGGUUCCAAAGUGGCUAGUGGCUGCACGCUGCCGACGGAGCUUUGUUGGAAGCAUGAAGACCCGCCAUCUUCAGUCGACUCUCAGGAGGCAUCGGCGGUCGCAGAGUGUCACGAGAACACACCCGAGCCCGACUGCUUAGUGACCGAGGACUCCAAAGAUGGCGACCGUUCAGCGUUGAUGUCUGGCCAAGCCGAAGAAAGCCCUGAUGUUCCCGUGGAGCCCACAGAAGCGACAGGGGGCGGUGACGAGGUCCGCCCUGCACACUUUAACCAUGUGGCGGAGACGCUCACCGCCAUGCCUGAAGACGCGGACAGCUUACAGCCAGCCAAGCACAACCAGCAGGACGACCGAGACGGAGGUCACCCCGCAGUCGCUGAGGGUGACGACGUGGAGGUUACCGAGCUGACGGAGCAAGCUCCUCAAAUUCUCGCACAAGAAUCCACAGCCAUCGAAGGCGGCUUGAGGAGCAGUGAAGAAGAUCUGUACAGAGGAGAAGAGGAGCUGCCGCCGUCUCCCGAUGACGCACAAGCGGCGCCAUUCGGGAGCUGCGCACCGGAGGCCAGAUGCAGUUUAGGCCCAGCGGUGGAUAUUUUGUCGUAUGGCGAGCGAGAAUGGAGAGGAAACACCACCAAAAGUGCUCUCAUUAAAAAGGGUUACGCGGAGCUGUCGCAGCACUUUGCCGGCCUUCGACAAGUGCGGGGGGACAACUACUGCGCCCUGCGGGCCACCUUGUUUCAGGUGCUCUCUCAGGCUUCUCAGGUGCCCGCGUGGCUUCAGGAGGACGAUGACGAGGACGACGACGUAACCACGCUUUCGCAGGACCUGACGGCUCGGUGGAGAUUUCCGGGCGAGGCUGAAGCGCAACCGGACGUUACCCAGCGACUUCAGAGCUACCUGGGGAUCCUCCGGAACAAGUGGGGCACGGCGGCGCACUGCUCGUCAGAUGUGGAGCGCCGCCAAUUGUGCGAGGACUCCUUCCGGGGCGGCGAGGAGGAAGCGGCCAUGCUGGAGGCGCUCAAGCUGCUGAUGCUGCGCCGCGCGUGCCAGCUGCACGCCGGCAUGCACGGCGACCAUGACGUGCCGCUCUUCUGCUGGCUGCUGUUUGCACGCGACUCUUCCCGCUGCCCGCGUGACUUCUUCGCCAACCACUUGAGUCGCGUGGGCAUCAGCGCCGGGCUGGAGCAGGUGGAGAUGUGCCUACUGGGCGACGCCCUGCGCUGCACCCUGCAGGUAUACCGCCUAUACAUGGCUGACACGGAGGAAUUUGUGGCCUACUACCCCGACGAGCACAAAGACGAGUGGCCCCGCGUUAGCCUCGUCACCGAGGACGAUCGCCACUACAACGUGCCCGUCGCCAGUGUGGACCGAGAGGACAAUGAGGAAACGGAGGAGGAGCGAGCGGCGGCGACCAACUGAGUUAGCCUCCCAUGCAAACCUAAAACCUCAGGUCUGUCUCCACCCCGAGACCCCCCCCCCCCCCCCCCCUUACCUACACUGGAAUCGUCCCUUUUUCGGUUGACCUCAUUAAUUUAUUAUUUUAAUCCAGACUGCUGUUGAAAGAUGAAAUCAGGUGCUCGCGUCACGAGCGCGGGGGUCUUUUUUUUUUUUUCUUUUCUGCGAGUAUUGUGUGUAACGUAACGCCUUGCCUUCUGCCAAGCCAGAGAGGAGGAGGAGUUUUGUGGCAGUAGGCGCCCGCGUUCUCCUCCCCGUUGCCUUACGACAAAAAUGCACAAGAGUGAAUGAAUGUGGUCUCUUGCUCAUCAAUAAACCACAAGAAUCAGA